CCUUGCUUCUCUCCUUGAUUCAUUUCUUGUCCGGUCCUCUAGAAAAUAAGUUGACCCCUCUCCUGUUAGCAGCAGCCCUUCAAAUGCUGGAAUCCUGCUAUCAUGUCACUCUAACCCUUCUUUUCUCUAGAUAAGCCAAACCCAAAUCUCGCAACCUUUUUUUCCCCACUGUUAAUAUCUGCUAGCUCUUGUCCUCAGCAUUUUCCUUCUGCGGAAAACCAGAAAGCUACAGAAUUCAGACAGUCUUUGCCAGGGAAGUCCAGCAUCCCGGCAGCAAAUCCCAAAUGCCGAGAGGACACUUGAAGUGGGGGGAAAAAAACGUAACACCACUAACGGCACGAUAGCAAAAUAAAUGCAUAAAACUUUGCAGCCAUCGCCCUCCCAAGCGUUGAAAGGGGGCUACGCCAGAUAAGGGCAUCCUUUGUGGCUUGACAGCUAAGCAGGAGAGAGACAAGCUUUCAAAAAUAAAAGGCAGCCUAAUUGUCCCGGGAAGGAGCCCCCUCCGGGGUGGGGGGUUGUGGGGGGGACGCUUUUAGCCCUGCUGUGAACUUUUUAGAGGAGCCCUACCGGAAUCACUUCCCCCUGUAAAGGUUAGCCUGUAAUCCCAUUUUGCUGCACCAGGAGCUGUGAGACUGCAAAGAACUAGAGGCUGCCCUCAUCUCAGGAUAACAAAGGAACCGCAAUGGAAGAUGUGAGCUCCAAAAGGGUCAGCGACUUCUUGCAGAAAUGCGUCAAGCUUGAGGACGACGGGGAGCCUCCCUCCAAGGAGAUCUUGGAAGUUCAAAGUCUCCCUCUACUCAGUGCUCCAUCCUAUCCUCAGACAGUGCAAGAGGAGAUUUCAAUGGUUUUCAAUACUUGUGCAGUGCCAGCCAAUCUGGGCCCCUGUGCCAGGAGGCGGCGCGAGAAAGGCCACGACGGGACCAGCACGUCUCUCUACGUCGACCGCCGGAAGUCCAAAGUGUGGAACUACUACACCAAGCUGGGCGACGCCUACGUGGAGUGCAACGUCUGCAAGAAGCAGCUCUCCUUCCACAACAGCACUACCACCAUGCGGGAGCACCUGGUGCGUAAGCACAGCAUCCGUGACACCCUCCUCUCGCAGCUGAAGGACGACCAGGUGCCGGAGCCGGACUACGUGGCUCAGGAGAACGCCAUCAAGCGAUUCCGCCAGCUGACUCCCGAGAACAACAAUCCCUACCACGCGGGGGUGACCUGCGCGGAACCCAGGACGGACGUGAUUCUGGAGCUGGUGCUAGAGAUGAUCUUCCGGGACCUGCACCCCCUGUCCGUGGUGAAGGACAAAGGUUUCGGCCUCCUCAUUGGCUACUUAGAACCUACCUUCGUGCUCCCGUCCCCUGUGCAGCUCUCGAGCAUGCUGUGGCAUCGAUACAACGUCGUCAAGCAGCACCUAGAACACUACUUGCAGACGGCUCAGUCGAUUGUCCUCUGCGCCGAGUUCUGGCUGUCUCACCCCAACCAGAGGUACCUGACCAUCGUGACGAAUUUUAUCGAUGGAGAGUGGCGGCGGGCCAGGUGCAUCCUAGAAACCCAGCAGGUGCACGAGAAGAAAGCGGAGAGCAACCUGGGAGAGCGGCUGUACGCGGUCCUCACAGACUUCGGCUUGUCCAACAAAUCGGUCUUCUGCAUGAUGCACGACAGCCUGCAGGGUCUGGAGGCCCACGCGUCCCAGCUGAAAUGCGUCUACGGCUGGACCAGUCUGUGCUGCGCGGCUCACCUGCUGCACCUUUGUGUCAAGGCCGGCCUCGAGGCGGAGCAGGUGCAGGAAGCACUGACCGCGGCUCGGAGCAUCGUCCGUUACUUCCAGCAGGACGCCAAGGCGACUUGCUCCCUCAAUAGCAAACUGGAAGCCAUCAACAAGACCAAGCUGAAGUUGGUGACGGACACUGGGGCUCGGUGGAUAACCACCAUCGAGAUGUGCGAGUGCCUGCUGGACCUCAAGUGGGCCGUCAUGUCCGUUUUGGAGGAGCAUCCCAAGGGGCCGUCAGCGGUCCAGAAUUUGGCCGACCACCAGUGGAAGCUCUUGCAGGACCUGGUGCCCGUGAUGAGGACGCUUAAGAUCGCCACGUCCUUCUUGAGAGAAGAGCAGAACUUCUCCAUCUCCUCCCUGAUGCCUUGUAUCCACGGCAUCGUCACCGCCAUCGGGCAGCAGUCCGAAGAAGCCAGCGAUGUCAUCAAAACGGUGGUCAACAAUAUCAGAGGGGAGCUCACCCAGCGUUGGGGUAUUCUGGAGGAGAGUAAGUUGCUGGAGAGCCCGGCGGUAAUCGCCUCGUUCCUAGACCCUCGGUUCAAGGAGAUGAGGUUCCUCAGCCCAGGUCUACGGAGUGAGUUGCACAAGAAGGUCAAGGCCAUGUUGUCCCAGUUCUUCAACCCUCAGACCCCGCCGACCAACCCCUUCUGGGUGCCCAACGCGGACUACAAAGCAGAGGGGAGCGAAUCCGCCGGCCAGCUGUCUGCUCCUAAGGACCGAGGUUCAAGCGGACAACCUCAGAGUAUGUAUGACAUCCUUCUGGGGAAAGACCCAACGGAGAGCAUGCCCGAGAUCCAUCAACAGCUGGAGAACUACAUCGUGGAGCCUCUUUGCAAGCGUAGCACUAACCCCUUGGACUGGUGGAAGAGCAACGAACACCGGUUCCCUUCGGUGGCUCGGUUAGCCCGGCAAUAUUUGGCUAUACCGGUGACAGUCGUGCCGCCGGACCAGGCCUUUGCUGUGGGCGAAAGUGCGCUGGAGCACCGGAGAGGCGUGCUGGCUCCCGAAAACCUGGACCAAAUUCUUUUCUUGCACCAAAAUUUUGACUUUUUAGAAUCGAUGCGAAACCCGAACGAGAAUCUGACUAAGUCUGGGCACAGCCAGUAUUGAAUGAUUUAAAAAAAACAAAACCAGGCGUGGGAAGAGCAUAGAAAUCAGCGUAUCCUGAUGCAGCCAAUACGCCGGGAAGGGAAGGAGGGAGGAAGAGGACGAUCAGUUUUAGGAAAAAAAACAAAGGAUUAAAAGAUGAUUUUCAGGUCACUUUUGUCAAACUGGAAUCGGGAAUGAGGUCAUCCUUCGGUUUAAAAACCAGUUUGCCUCCUGCCUAAGCUUUCCCUAUAAUGUAGAAUCUCAGUGUUUCUCAACCUUGGUGACUUUAAGUCCUGUGGACUUCAACUCCCAGAAUCCCCCAGCCAGC